CGCAGGAUGCCGCCAGCAACGCCGAACAGCCCACUUGGUGCGUUUGGACCGCGAACCGCGGCGGCCGGAUUCCGCUUCGAGACGACUCAGGCGUCACGAUUCGACCAGACCACGCGAGGUGCCGUCGCUCAGUGGUCGCGUUGAUCAGACCGAGGUCUUCUUCGCACGUGGCGGACAGUCGGCGGCAGCUAUGGGGAGGGUUAGAGAUGGAGGACGCGUGCCGGGUCUUGGACAAGGUAGUGUGCGGCUAUUAAUAAAGAGGGGAAGGUACGACGGCGCGAGGGGUACUUCGUCUUCCACUACUACCUUUUGUGCAUCAGCUUCGCCUUCUUCCUCGCUUGUCCUGCUCAGUCCUCCCACAUCGUCUACCCCCGGGCCGUCUAGGAUCCUGUUGCUCUAACGAAUUGCAUUGCGAGUAUGGCGGACAGCAAAGAGCAGGAGCAGGUGUUCGAGAUCCCGAAGACGUGCAAGGCGGGCGUCGUUGUCAACGAAGGCCCGGACUUUCGCGUCGAAGUUCGAGAUGUUCCCGUACCUGAAAUAAAACCGAACGAGGUCCUCGUCAAGCUCAACGCAACCGGAAUAUGCCACUCGGACCUGCACUUCAUGCUCAACGACUGGGCACUCCCCAAGAUGUCUGACCUUGGCACGCAAUGCGCUGGGCACGAGGGUGCGGGUGUCAUUGUGAAGGUUGGCUCCCAGGUCAAGACAUUGAAGCCUGGCAUGAGGGCUGGUCUCAAGCCCAUCCAAGAUACCUGCGGUGCCUGCGAACUUUGCCGCACCGGUGACGAAUGCUACUGUGCAGGAGCCGUCCUCACCGGUCUCACGAUAAACGGCUCGUACCAGCAAUAUAUCGUUUCGCCCGAGCGCUACACAACCAUCAUACCCGAUGGAGUAUCAGACUUCAUCGCCGGCCCGAUCAUGUGCUCCGCAUCCACAGUCUACACGUCGAUCAAGGAAUCCGGCCUCCAGCCAGGCGACUGGGCAGUCUUCCCCGGCGCAGGCGGCGGCGUUGGCAUGCAAGGCUUGCAGCUGGCCAAGGCCAUGGGACUGCGGCCCGUCGCGAUAGACACGGGUGCCGACAAGAAGAAGCUCUGCAUCGAGAACGGCGCGGAGCACUUCAUCGACUUCAAGGAAACCUCCAACGUCGCCGAGGAAGUAGUCAAGAUCUGCGACGGCGUCGGCGCACAUGCCGUGUACGUGACGGCCGUGCAGUCUUACCCCUCCUCUAUCUCUUUCCUGGGCGGCAGAGUCGGCGGAAAGGUCAUGUGCAUUGGGCUGCCGCCGGCGGGCGCGUUCCACAUCGAUGUGGAUCCAGGGCAGAUGUGCUUCCGGAAGCAGUCGGUGCAGGGGACGCUGGUGAGCAGUAUGGGGGAUGUGGAUAAGACGCUGCAGUUUGCGCAGAGGGGGCUGUUGAAGCCGAUUUGUACGGUGUAUCCAUUGAGCCAGUUUAAUGAGGUUGUGCAGAAGCUAAGAAGGGGGGAGAUUGCGGGGAGGGCGGUGAUAGACUUCAACACGGAAUAA